AUGAAGCACCAAGAGAUCACUAACGCUGAGGUCAAUGAGAGCAACAGCAAUGGAGGAGGACUACUGAUCAAGCUCAAGAUGGCUAAGGUCGAACCUUUUUCAGAAGGAGGUAAUCGUAAACCUGAAAAACCUGCUCCUCAAUACCCUAAAAUCUGUGAUAUCUGCCAGAAAGGUUUUGAGUCCGGGAAAGCUCUUGGAGGUCACAAGAGAAUGCAUGUCCAAGAGAGCAAGGGAGUGAUCAAGAGCUCUUGGAAAUCUCCGAAGCUGGUGAUGGUGAAGAACAGUGCCACUGAAUUCAGUCCUAGUGCUACUGAUUCCAGUGGUGAACCAGUUUGCAUAGAAUGCGGUAAGAUUUUCCCGUCAAAGAAAUCUCUCUAUGGACACAUGAGGUCACACCCGGAUAGGCCUUAUAGGGGGAUUGAGCCUCCUCAUUCCGCCAAGAACAGCUCCACCUCAACUUUAUCUGAUGCUUUGCCUCAGAAUAAUCACAAGGCAGCUGAGGAUCAGCAGAUUGAUUCUGCUGGGACAGCUCGAAUCAGGUUCGGGCCUUAUCCAAAAAAGGUCCGCGAUCGUGAUCUGUUUAAGAUUGUGCCUAGCUGGUCUCAAACUGCAAAACGAGGUAGGAAAGGUACUAGUUUAUCUGACACCAACUCUGAGAGUGAUGAGGAUUGUGGUGAUAAUGAUGCUGAUGAUGUUGAUGAUGAUGAUGAUGAUAUGAGUGAAGCUGUCCAUGAUUUGAUGAUGUUAGCUCAAGCCAAUCCAAAAGGAACUGAGGAGGCCACGAACAGCAAUUUCAUGACCAUGAAACUAGAACACGAUGUGAAGGACAGAAAGGUAAUUGACUAUCUGGGUCUAGCCAAGCAGAAGAGGAAGCAUAUACUUGAAAUUGAGGAGGAUGGAGAUAUGGUAAGUGGUUUUGGUCUAGGGAAGUCCAGGAAUCAGUUGCAGUUGGGAUUGAACUUGAAAGAGGACAGUGAAGAGGAGUUAUCAGAUAGUGAAAACUCCGAAAGCAUUGUGCUUGCAAACAUGAUGAAUAGGAAGAAGAGAAGGAGGAUGAAAUUGGAAGACUUGGAAGGAGGAGUUGUUGUAGCUCAAGAUCACCAACAUCAGAGCCAUUAUCACAAGGUUUAUACUUGCAGUCUUUGCAACAAGUCAUUCCCAAGCCACCAAGCAUUGGGAGGACAUAUGUCGAGCCACAACAAGCCCAAGAACAACAAUACACAACACUCUGUGGAACAUGAUCAUCAUCAAUCUGGUUCUGAAGACACGAACAAUGACAAUGCUAAUCUCACUAACACAGCCAUCCGAGUUGACCAUGAUCAUUCUGAAAAUCACCAAUGCGGAAUCUGCCACAGAACCUUUCCAACAGGUCAAGCAUUGGGGGGUCACAAGAGAUCUCACUGGCCCGGUCCAAAGGAUCAAGCUCAAUCGAGCCAGACCGGACGCAAAGGCCCUCUCGACAUUGACCUAAAUGAGCCUCCACCUAUGGAGUAUGAACAAGGUAUGGACCACUCUGGAGCUGGUUAUGCAACUUCUUCUUGCAAUUCAGUUGCUUAA